UCAGCCAGUCACCGCUCAGACAACGCACGGGCAACAUUCGCGACGCGCGCACGCGAAUUAUUUUCCCGCGAUUUAUUUAAAUAUAGAAAUAUAAUUACACUUUCCAUUCCCGCUUUCCUGUAUGCGAAUUAAAGUACAAAUAUGCCUAAAAAGAAAUAGCUAAAUAGUAUUGUUAAUUGUUCUAUUAUUAAUCGCGAGUUUACCAGAACAUGUGCUAAACUGUGAAAUCGUACUGAUGACUUUGCGGCUCCUGUAAAUAGUGUCGUUUUCGAUAAUAGAAUCUGUGAUAAUUGUUGUGAAACAUUUUUAGUCGGUGUUGUUAAACAUUUUAUUUCACUGUGCAUAGUUUCGUGUAAUUUUAUUACGCGAAACGUUACAAUAAACGGUCUUUAUGAUAGGUCCAUAUAUGAAGUGUCAACAUUUUUAUCCCAAACAUUAUGAUUUACAAAUGGAUAUUAUGAUAAGAGUGAAGUGUUGUCAAGAAACUAAAAAUCCAAAGUGACAAAGUGGAGUGGUGUCUGUUCUGUUGCGUUCCGUUGUUUUUAUCCUUUACUUUUAAACCUACCCUCAAAAUGUCAGACAAGACAUCAUCAUCUGUUGGCCCUAGAAGUUUCGAGACAAUCUCUGAGGAGGAUGGCGAGUCGCCGUGGGAAAAAUUAUUGGGAGAUGUGAAUAGCGCUGUUCCAACGAUAAUUAAAACAAAUGCAUCGAGUGCAACGAUUUCGAGAAGCGGAGAUGAAGUUGCCGUUCCUUCCGUUGAUCUUGAAGCGAAUAAAUUGACCCGAUCCAAGAGCCUUAAUCAACGCAGAAAUAGCAGUGGUCUCCUUAGCUCAAUUCCUCGGCAACUACGACUUUCCCUUCGAGGCGUGCGUAGUGAACCUUCCAGUGUCAAAGACAUUCCAACAACCAGAAAUGAUAGUGCCCUCAACCUUCUUCUUAGAUACCGCAAUGCCCGUUAUGCGGCGAGACGUGUUAGAAAGCGCGUGAUCUUUAAGCAUGGGGACUGCAACGUCGUUCAAUGGAACGUAGCGAAACGCAGGCGCCGAUACCUUCAGGACAUCUUCACGACCCUCGUGGACGCACAAUGGCGCUGGACGCUACUGGUGUUCGCUCUCUCAUUCAUCCUCUCUUGGCUCCUCUUUGCCCUUAUUUGGUGGUUAAUCAUCUUCACCCACGGUGACCUCAAUCCCCCUACAAAUAGCUCCGAAGUUUUCAUUCCUUGUCUAAAUAACGUGAAUUCCUUUACUGGCUGCUUCCUCUUCUCAGUAGAAACACAACACACUAUUGGAUACGGUUCCCGGACGACGAAUGAGGAAUGCCCUGAAGCGAUUUUUGUUAUGUGCCUACAGAGCAUCGUUGGCGUUUUCAUUCAAGCUUUCAUGGUGGGUCUAAUAUUCGCAAAGCUGGCGCGGGCCAAAAAGAGAAACACGACGCUCCUCUUUUCAAGGAACGCGGUGAUAUGUCUUAGAGAUGGAGAGUAUUGCCUCCUGUUUAGAGUCGGAGAUAUUCGGAAAUCACAUAUUUUGGAAGCGCAUGUUCGUGCCCAGCUAAUUCGGAAAAAGAUCACAAGAGAAGGCGAGAUGCUGCCAUUCUACCAGCAGGAGUUGAAGGUGGGAGCUGACGGCGAGGAAGACAGGCUGAUGUUCAUCUGGCCUAUGACCAUAGUGCACAAGAUCAAUGAGAAGUCACCUCUAUAUAACCUUUCUGCUUCCGACAUGUUGAGAGAAAGAUUCGAAAUAGUAGUCAUGUUAGAGGGAGUCAUCGAAUCAACUGGUAUGACAACGCAGGCUCGAAGCAGUUACCUACCGUCGGAGAUCCAGUGGGGACAUCGUUUUGAAACGAUGGUAUCAUUCCGAAAAGACACAGGAGAAUAUGAGGUUGAUUACACGAGGUUUAACAACACGUACGAAGUUGAUACUCCGCUAUGUUCCGCUAAGCAACUCGACGAGCUGCGGGCCACGGUUUCUACUUCGCAGAAAUUAGAUCGUAUGCUAGGCACAAUACCAAAGACCUUCUCGAACGACACACUAGAUAUGAGUUCCGUGGACUCGAUGUCCUUGGACGAACACAUCGAAAUCAAAAUACCAGAAGCAAGAGUUAGAGAGAACAGGCUGAUGGCUCAGAAUAACUUCGUACAGCACGUCAACGAGAAGACCAGGUACAGUCACACACACCUGGCGGUGGAGAACGGUCACGAAAACUUCAUCAAAAAUAACACAGUAGUCGGCAUGACUGAUAGCAAAGAACAUCACAUGCAUAGAAGCCACAGCCAUGCGAGCAUGAAGAGGGUCCACGGGCUGACUCCAAAUGGCAUUAACCAUAUUAACGGCAAUGACCAGAAAAUUGAACAAAAUAAAAUUAAAAAAUCCCCCAGCGACAACCACAUAGCAGAUCAGACUCCGAUUAUACCCAUCCUCGUGACGUCAGCCGACACCGACGCUUGACCCAGAGACAACCCGAAAAUGAGAACACACGUCAGGUUCAGAGAAGUUGAAGUAGACAUGGUAUCGGAUACAAUACGGAUAUGUGUUAACCAUAGACAAGAAUUAAAUUAAAAAUAAAUAUAGUUAAAGUGUAAUUUUAAAUAGGAUGCAGUUGAUUUAAUAAAAUGUACGUUUUUGGGGAUGUUACAUUUAUUAGGAAUUUUAUUAUGAGAUGAGUGAAUAGGAAAGAAAAUGAUGAUAAAACAUUGUUCACAAAUGGUGCUUAUAGUGUGUUCGAAAUAAGAAUCAAUGAAAAAAAACUCUGUGCCAACAACUAUGUGCUUGUGCAUAGAGAAACUUUGUGAUAUCUAAAGUAUUAUUAAAAGUACUACAAAUAUUUUUAUAAUAGUCUUAAAAAACAUUAAGGAUUCGAAUUAAAUCAAAGUAUCUCUUCGCAAACUCUUUUGCAUCGUCAUUAUAUUACAUUACGUUUGUAUAAGACAUAAAUAAAAAAAAAAAAAAACAAAAACACUUACGACUAUUCGGAGUCUCGUUCUUUAAAUAUCUCAACGUUAUAAUUAUAAAUAGAUUUCUAUGAACACUAUUAUCUCCUCUUAGAUAUUAAAAUUCAAUUCAUAUAAAAAAUUUUACUAAUCGAAAUUAUUUCUUGAAUUUUUUGUUGUGAUCCAUUUUUAAAAUAAACGAAUUUAUCUGAUCCAAAAGUAAUUCCACGACAUUAUUGAGAUUAAAAAAAUAUAGCGUACAACGGAUUGUUUACAACAGAUUUAGAACCAAUAACUUCAAAAUGUUAUAUGUAUUUAGUUUGCUCAAAUGUGGUUGGAGUGCAUAAAUAUUAUUUUGUAUACUAUUUAUUUCAUAAUAUAAUAGUCCAAUAAUAAUUAGAACUCGCACACGUUACAACUUAAAUGUUGGCAGCACACUGCCAAUAUAUACAAUUUUACUUUUACUUUUUAAUUUUGACCAGUAAGGUCAAUAUUCUGUUUAUUAAACAUAAAAACGUCUGAAACGACUUCGGAAAUUAUUUAAAAUGAUUUUUACUAUUUUGGCUUAAUGCCAAAAAUAUAGAAAAAAACUUUUGUGAGAAAUAACGUUCAAUUACAUUUUUCAUUAAGAGGCGGCCUUAGCCCAGCAGUGGGACAUUCAUUAAUUUAGUUAAUUCAUCAAUAUUUUUUUUACACUGGCAUUUCUAGAAGUGUAGACUUUACACCGUCAAUACGCUGCGAACCACGAGGCUUGAUAUGUUAUGUUCCAAAUGCCUGUCAUAGCACUGACUCACUUCAUCAUUCAAACCGAAUAGCCAUAUAUAGCUGCUUGGCGGUUAAAAAAAUGGUAUGUGGGUGGCAAUCACUAGACUUGUGGGGGCCACAAGUAAAAACCUUUAAGAUUAUCAUUUUUACAUGUCCAUUCAUAAAUGAAAUGACUCAAUAAUAGAAAAGUGGAAAAUAUAACUGAUUAAAAACCGCUAGGGUUUUUAAAUAUUUAUUAUCUGUAGGCUUGAGGAAACUUAUAUAUGUUUUAAAAAACUUCUUUGCAAUUUAAACCCUUAAAUUAUUUUUAACAGGAGUUAAGGGAUUUAAGGAGUUAUGUUAAAAAUAUUAAUAAAAGGUGUGUCUAUGCGAUAUGUCAUAAAAGUGCCUUAUAAAAAUAUUACGUAUUAUUAAAACAUCCGGAUUUGCAGGAACAAAGGAACAAAAAAAUAACACUCCUUUUAUUAAUUCCAUCAUUCACGGCCACGUCACGUGAUGUAAUUUUUACCAAUUACAUAUGCUUAAACGACAUUUUAAUAUAAAUUUUAAAGACAUUCUCUAAGUUUUUUUUAGUUAGUGUUUUCUUUUUACAACUUCAUCAGCACACAUUCAUACCUCGUCUACUUCAACGGAACGAAACUACAAAGAAACAGGGUUGUACGUGACCAAGUAUUUGCUUAGAUCGUACUAGUGAAAUUAAAACUUCAUAACUUUUUAGUGUAUAAGAUUUAAAAAAAAAAUAGAUUUAAUUUUUUUUUCUAUCAAAAGUCAAACUACAGAUAGAAAAUUUUCCAUUUUAAAAUUCAAUGUCGCAUUAAGUCCGAAUUGAAUGACCGUGACUUAAUCGAAUUUCCUAUUUAAAAACGGCCCCUGUUACAAAUAUAAUUAACAAUAUGUACAAGUAUAAUUAACAGUAUAUACAAGUUCGUAAUACAUUUUAAACAAAUCGGAAAUUACAUCAUAAAAUUUUAAAAAUCGAAUCAAAAUAUUAAUUUGUAUCGAUUUAAUCGAAUGUACAAAUAUUUAUAGUCGCUUGAUUUUAAUGCCAUGAAUAAAAGUAUUUUAAAUUUGCGCGUUCCUUUUUUAGUCAUAUUAAGUACUUAUUUAUGAAUAGCCAAUUAUAAUUAGGUGAAUUUUCUUUCUCAGUGUAUAUCAAUAUACUUUUUUUAUAUUUAACUAAUUUAUAUGAAUAAGUGUUAGUUAAACUAAUACUAUAGAAAUAUGUAUCAAAAUUAAAUCACUUCAAUGGAUAAGAUUUUAUUAUUUCAUUGUAGGUUUAGUGAUUUAUAUAUAUUUAAUACAAUUUCUUCCGCGAAAUAAUGAUAUAAUACAUUUUUCAAAAUAUUUUGCUCAUAUCUCAACUACAUAAAUAAGAAUGUAGAUUUUUAUUAAUAAAUAAAUGUACUUUCCAGACAAUUUUCAAUUAAAACAUUUAAAUGGCUAUAAUAGUAAUAUGCAUAGCCGUUAAAAUAAUUUUCAAAAUCAGGGGCCUUACAGGGUGCUGGCGCCUCCAAGUACGUAGUUGUAUUAAAAGCUUUUAUGUCACUCAUAAAUUAUGUAUAUUAGACAUAUAAUAAAACAUGUAUUUAUAAAUA